CCCGGCCAGCUCGGCAGCCCCUGCCUUGCUGCCCCAGCCCCGUGGUCCCCGACGCUCGGGCCGUGGGUCUGUUCGGAGCCCGUCCCCCCCCCCAUCUCAAGACUGAACCUGCCCCCAGGUUGCAGCAGCUCCUUCAUUUGGGUACUGAAAAAGGAUCAGCCAUGAAACGUUUAAGAAAAAGCAGCAAUGCUGAGCAGCUUGAGACUUGUGGCAUCUGGCUGGACACUGCAAAGUUAAAGAAGCGCAAAGUACAGACUCUCAUAUCCAAGCCAACUUCAUACGUGCCAAAUCCACUUCUUGAGAAGAACUAUAAUAGUAAUAUUUCAAUCAAUUUACCUCAGCCAUGCACCAAGCAAACUACCAUCUCUUCAUUCUUCAGCAUUCAACCAACAGGUGAAAAGGAUGAACACUUAAAGCCCUAUUCUUUUAUGGCAAAUACAACUCUCAAAGGAAAAGGCUCUGAUUCCUUGGCUGUGAAGAACUGUGUACCUCCUAAGCUAGUGGCAGUCCAGGAUCCAACCCUGAGCCCUCAGGAGGCCAACAUUCAGGAGUGUAGCCAGCCGCUUGUACAACACACACAAGAGUGGAACAUUCCUCUGCUGAACGAAGCACAGUGUAACAGCACGAAGGAGUGCACAGCCAUCGCAAGGAUCUCUGCUGGUGAGACAGAAGACUCUACCCCCAUAAACUUCACACAGGAUUCAGAGGGCAAUAGGGUUUUAGCUCACAAAAAUGCAGCUGACUCAUUCCCUGGAAGUGUUUCUGUAGUACAUGGAAUAAUUUCAAGGAAGAGGGAGACUUACUGGACAGGAGAGAAAGAGGGCCUUUUGUGUUCCAAGAGUGGGAGAACGAGAAUGGGCCUCAAACCUAAACACGUGAUGAAGCAAGGUGGGAAAUGCAAAAACCCGCCCUUCAGUGGAAUUUCUUGUGUGGAUUUCUCAGACAUUGAGAAUAUAAAUCCUGCUCCAAAGAGAAAGAAAGGCCAGCAGACCACUCGUCCUCUGCCCCAGGGGCAAACAGCUAAAGCAGAGCUUCUGAGAGACAGUCAAAAUUGUACUGGUUUUUGGACAAGAAACUAGCAGAAGAGCAGGGGGGCAGUAAAAAUAGUCCUGCUACGCAAUUGUUUACCCAGGAUUCAGAGGGACACAGAAUCAUUUCUCAUCAGCACUUUGAUAAGAAUGUCAGAUCUCCUUUGCAGAAAAAGUGUCUACAGGACAAAACCAACUCCGUUCACUGGGCAACUAGCCCACCCACUGCAACUUGCUUUAAGGUUUAUUCCUCAGGGGCAUCGGCCAGGACUCCUUUAGCUACUACAGCCAUGAAUUCAUGUGAGCCUGAUUUAUGCUAUGACUUGCUAUUCACAGAGGAUUCAGAAGGAAAUAGAAUGAUCAAACAUUGAGUCAUUUUUGCUGAGAAACUGACACUUUAGUGUACACGAACAUUCAUCUGACGUCUCCACAGUGCACUGCUUUCUUUAUGAAAGACUUAUUCCUUGUAUACGUGUACCCAUGGUAGAUACUGCCUAUUGCUGAGUGGUCUAGACCCAGACAUGUAGGCUAGUUACUCUGCAUGCAGACUUGUCUUUGAUUAAAAAGAGAUUUUGCACACACACAGUGUUGUAAUCAAGUUUUCACAUCUAGCCCUACUUCUGUGAACACAGUGACCAUGUUGUCAUACACUGAGUUAGUAAGCCCUUUUGGGGGGAGAGGGGGCAGAAGGAAAGGGUGAUCAAUUUGCGUAUGUGACAAGGCUUGGCUCAGUAGUGGCUCUACCAAAAAACCCCUGUGGGUAUCUUUGAUCUCAUAGGUUGAGGGAUAAGGGCCUAUUACUAUUCAAUGCACCAUGCCCUUGAGUUAGAAAUUCCCAUUCUUCUUGUAACAUUUCUAUUUUGCAAUAUGGCUAAGAAGCCAAAAAGGCUUCCUGACCUCAGUCCUACAGUGUCCACAAACCAGAAGAGCCACAUGGUAUGCAGGCUAGCCUGUCUCUUAACCCUCCCUCUUCCCACAGGUAAAUGUGCUCUAACAGUGACUGACCCCAGAAUUUAGGUUCGGUUGCCCGUGUGUGUUUAUUUUUUUAGUCAUAACAUAAAAUUCACUGGUAGAUCUUAAAAACGGACAGGACCUGUAUAUAACUAACAGCCUUGGGAUUAUUUAAAUAAAGAAAUUUGUAAAGGA